CGUGUCAUUUCAUACUUAGUUGAAUUGUGUUUCGUUCAAAAAAGUUUUAAUUAUAAUAAUAAUUAAUUAUCUUCCAUAUGUUUUUAUUAAAACUUGUUAAGAUUAGUGUUUUGUUAUUUUACGUGAUUUUAUACACGAAAUCAGAACAUGCCAAAAAACAUCAUAUAGAACAGUUAGAUAAGUUAUUAAUGUAUUCGGGAUGGAAAAAUUUAAAUGCUGUGAACUUCGUAAAAUAUAAAAAUAAAACAUAUUUUCUUGAAAAGUUAAUUAUAACACCUACAUAUCGAUCUUAUUGUAUGGCUAAAAUACGAGCUUUGACUGUACAUCUUGGAUGCACCUAUGCUAAAGUUAUACAUAAUCUUUUUUCAAUUAUUAUCAACUACCUACAAAUUUGUAUAAAUGAUAAAGAAAGAAAAAUCUUAAAAAACAAUGUUUACAUUCAUACCAAGAUAUUAAUAUACAUAACUAAAUUUAUUGUUCCAACAGCAAAAUUGAUGAAAGGUGCCAUAGAUGCUUUUGAUUCAAUACAUUCUUUACCAUGGGCUAAUUUUAACGAAAAUAGCUACUGUCCAUUCAUAAUGAGUCCUUUGUUGGGGAGAAUAGAAGAUAUUUUUGACAAAUUAAACGAACGAACACUAUCACAUGAUCAAAUAUCUACAUACUUAUCGGCAUUUAAAACUAUACAUAAAUACUCAGAAAUCAUAUUAAAUGAUUUAAAAAGCGAAACUAAUUCAUAUUGUGAUUUUGUACCUUAUGAUAGGAAUUAUUUAUGGUAUGAAUGGAUUCAAGAAUAUAAUACCAUUAGUAUACACUACGAAAUAUUAGAUUUUUUUAAGUUUUUAACCAAAAAACUUAAAGAUUAUAUCAAGUCAGUUAUUAUAGAAAAUUAUUUUCAACUAGGAUUUAAAUUUGAUCCAAUUACUAAUGAAACAUUUUUACCAUCAUCAAAGGAGCUCAUUAUACAAGAAUUGGAACUUAAAGCAACAGAUGAAGAACCUCCAACGCUAUUAGAAAUAGAAAAUCAUUAAAUGUUGUAAUAAAAUUAAUUUUUUUCUGUAUUAUUGUUAUAUAAUUAAUCAAAAUUUACUUUAUAACUUAGUAAAUCUAUGAAGUAUUAUUAAAAUAUUAACAUGAGAACCAUACAAUUAUAUUUUGAUUGUACACGCUGAAUAGUUAAAUAUAAUAGUAAUAUUAACAAUUAUAAAAAUUUGAAAAUUAUGUAUCAGAAUUAAAGUGUAAGU